AUGAGCAUGGGGGGCGGCUGUGGGGCGACUCCCUUCCGCGGCGAGCGCAACCGGCGAGACGGCUGAUCGGGAGGGACCGGCAUGCGGGCGAGGCUCGACAUUUUCUACUCUUAAGGACACCUCAACGCAAAGAUGACCGAGGGCAGACUGUGUCAAGUUCAGCUGCUGGAUGACAGGAAGCUGGAGCUGCUGGUUCAGCCAAAGCUGCUGUCAUACGAACUCGUCGACCUGGUCUCCUCCCAUUUCAACCUCAAAGAGAAGGAAUUCUUCGGACUUGCAUUUUUUAAUGAGAACGGUCAGUGUAAGUGGCUGCAGAUGGACCGCAGAGUUCUUGAUCAUGACUUUUCCAAGAGGCAUGGCUCAAUUGCCCUCAACUUCCUGGUCAGAUUCUAUGUAGAAAACAUAACACAGCUCAAGGACAUCAUAACAGUGGAGUUAUUCUUCCUGAAUGCAAAAUCUGCUGUCUACAAUGGGAUUAUAGAAGUUGAGAGUGAGAAUGUCUUCAAAUUGGCAGCAAAUGCUUUGCAGGAGUCUAAAGGAGACUACACAAGUGAUGAAGCCACACGAGCUGACUUAAAGAAACUGCCCACUCUUCCCACUAAAGUCCUCAAGGAGCACCCAUCACUUGCAUACUGUGAGGAUCGAGUCACCGACUAUUAUAAACAACUAAGAGGAGUCUCCAGAGGACAGGCGAUUGUGCAGUAUCUGACACUUGUGGAAUCCUUGCCCACAUACGGUGUCCACUAUUAUGAAGUGAAGGAUAAACAAGGGAUGCCAUGGUGGCUUGGGAUCAGCUAUAAAGGCAUUGGCCAGUAUGAUCUACAAGAUAAGCUGAAGCCUAGAAAGCUUUAUCAGUGGAAGCAACUGGAAAAUUUGUACUUCAGGGAGAAAAAGUUUGCAGUGGAGGUUAAUGACCCACACAGGAGAGCAGUAACCAAACGGACCUUCGGACAGACAGGCCUCCUCAUCCACACUUGGUAUGCGAGCCACUCUUUAAUCAAAACUAUUUGGGUCAUGGCUAUUAGCCAACACCAGUUCUACUUGGACAGAAAACAAAGCAAAACUAAACUCGGGGCCUCGAAAAGCUUGGAGGAAAUCGCCAUGGAUCUCACUGAGCAUGCAGGGGCAAAGAUAAACAAACUUGGAGAGUCAAUCCUGAAAAAUAACUUGAUUACAGCCAGCAAUGGGAGCCUGGUAUCAACAGGUUCUGGAGACUCCGAAAUGAGUGAGGAGCAGAAGAAAGAGAAACUUUCUGAGCUGAGAAAAAAAGAGCAGGAGAUUCAAGAUCUCUUGGCCAAGAAGACAAAGGAACUAAAGAAGAUUUGUUUGAGGGAAGCGGAGCUUACUGGCAAGCUGCCAAAGGAGUACCCCUUGUCUUCAGAUGAACGACCACCACAGGUUAGACGGCGAGUUGGCACUGCUUUCAAGUUGGAUGACCUUUUCCCUUACAAUGAGGAUCCUUUUCUGAGAAAUCUGGAGAGCAGAUUUGCCCUCCAGCAGAAGAUAGUGGAGGCUGCUAAAAAGCUGGCAAAUGAGUCAGAACUGUGUAAGACAGUCAAGAAGAAAAGGAGGAGAAACUGUUUAGAUGCUAUGCACAAGCUUCAGCAGAUUGAGAAUGAGAUGAACCAUUACCGAAUCAAGAAGGGGAAAAGACCCACUCAGCGAGCUUCAGUAAUCAUUGCUGAUGAAAUCAUGCGAUCAGAUUGUAGCUCCUUGUCCAGCCUCCCGUUGGAGGACGAUGACUCGGAUAGCGCUAGUCAGCGGCCACGAUCACGGUCUGUGCAAGACUCCCCACAGUUCAGCCCAUUACGCUCACUGGGAGCAGAAUACGAUGUGGAGAGGCAAACAUCUCCAAGGGAAAAUAACCAUAACAAAAGAUUAGCUUUUGAAGGCCAAGAGGCUUCCCUCUACUACCACAAACCAAGAGAGGUCUCCUCCAUCCACAGUAGCCCUUAUAAAACCCUCCCCAGACCUCCCAGAGACCCCCGCAGCAUGCCUCCCACACCAGUUAUGACCCGCAAUGCCUACAGCAGCAGCCAGCUCAGGUGCGAAGGCUUGCCUCAUGGCUUCAGGGCUCGCAGUGGAAGUUUGGAGUCACAGCCCCAGUUGAGAAAGGACGAAGACCCAGAGAAGCCAGUUUUCACCUUGUCACCAGCCCACCGCAGCAACAGCACAGAGAUGUUGGAGGAUUGCUCUUCCUACACCAGUCAGUCCAGUCUGGACUUCUGCGGGCCUGCCAGUUCCCAAUACAGCACCUUAGAUUCCCGAAACUCCACCAUGCAUCGUCUCCACCGCAACGUGGAAGUGUAUGGAAAUACAGGGAGCAUGCCCAACCUGGUGCAGCACCAUUCUGGGUGUAGUUACGCCUGUGAGACCUCAGCACACUAUGCACCCAGUGCCUACUACGUCUCCGGCUGUCCGUGUCCAGACAUGGAGCCUUACGCUAAUGGUUCCUAUGUGUAUGAGAGUGACGUAGAAGGCCACUACAACGUCAACCCCUCGUAUCAAAUGAACGGCUAUCACGGACAUGACAGAUUCAGGCAUUACGGCUCUGACCGAGCUGACGGCCUUUCCCAGAAUCCCUACGCGACGGUGAGGCCGCCACGGAGCAGGGAGGGACCCAGAAAUGAACUUUUGGCAAAGAACAUGCAGAAGGCUAUGGUAGCAGAACAUCUGAGAGGGUGGUACCAUCGGAACCGUGUCCCCAGAGAAGGAGAGCGAGCGGGAUAUGACUUUGACUGUGGCUCUCAGCUCAGCCUAGGCUACCAGACCAUGCCGGCGGCAUUCAGCCAUUCCAGCAGGACAACCUCUUUCUCAUCAGUGUCCUCAGUGGAGAGCGCAGGGAACUGGCGCAACCAGCUGGCAGUUGGCCUGACUGACUACGACACACCCAACAUACCUCAGUACUCUCAACACGCAGUUCCUUCUUCGCCAUAUAAUCGCAGCCCCACACACAACAGAUGUUCUCCCGAAAACAGAGUAUUGGGCUCUGACACAAAGCCUAAUAAAUGUGAGUCAGUUGAGGUGGUUGGCGCUGACGCAUCAGACAACCAUUCUAGCACUUAAGGAUUUUACCUGGGCAACAGCUACACGAGCAUCCAGUGAUGACUACCAAACAACAUUUUUGGAACACAAAAAAAGCCAUGGCCAGCAGCGCAUGAAAAGGAUGACAAUUAAACACAGGCUUUCCAUCCUAUGACUAACCUCUGAACCCAGGGUGCCUUCGAUCGGGUGGAUUGUAGAGGCAAGACUUUGUCUCGAAAUUUCUAAAUGUUGCACAACCCCACUGGCUUGUACUUGAGGUAUAAAAGAAACAAUUUGUUUGCAUUGAAUCUAACAUAAACAUGAACUAGCUGCUGUCUUAUGCUGAACAGCAGGUUAAAAAAAAAAAAUCACCUGUUCCAUAAAAUCAGUCUUAAUUGGAUGAUUCAGACUGUGAAUGUCACACUUAAUGUGAUCGUUCAUUAGAGCAGACCGUGUACAAGAAGUAGAGGAAUUUCCUUCCUUCCAUUCUUUAAACCUGGAAUCUGAAUGUAUUGUCAAUAUUGUUAAUAGUUAGUCUUUUGUCAGUUAGUGCUGUGAUGUGAUUGAACGUGCAUGUGGAGAAAGUCUGUUUUGAUAAGAACUUUGAUAAGAACAAGACCACUGCCAUAAAAAACAAAUUUGUUUUCUCACACAUUUGUACAGCCUGUGCAUAGUUCUGAGUAUCUUGUGAUGUGUCAUGAUGAAAUAUUUUCCACUGCGAAGAAGGAUUAAUAAAUAAUUGUGCAACUCAUAAA